AAACCAAACCAAACCAAACCAAACAAGAAGAAGAGUUAUAGCUCAGAGAGAGAGAGAGAGCACCAGAGGACGGAGAGUCCAAUUCCGAUAAUCUAAACCAAAUUUUGAGUUUUUGUUGUAAAAGAUUUAAUCAAAUCAAACAUAGAUAGACAUAGCAGUAGAAACAAAUAGUAGUAGAUGAUGAUGUUGGAGAAGAGGAAGGAGGUUGAUGGUGAUGGUGAUGGUGAUGGAGUUGGGUAUCAGAAUGGUAAGGAGGAAAGGGAACAAGUUACGAUUUUUGGAGGGUUGUGUGGUGAGAAGGGAGCUGGAGUGUCGUUCUUCAGUGAAUUGAAAACAGUGGUAGCCAUGGCUCUGUGGCUUGGCGCCAUUCAUUUCAACGUGGCUCUCAUCCUCUUCUCCUUCUUCUUCCUUCCUCUUUCCUACUCUCUCCUGGUCUUGGCUUUGCUCCUUCUCUUCAUCAUCAUUCCCAUCGAUGAUAGAAGCAAAUAUGGCCGAAAACUCUCAAGAUUCAUUUGUAAACACGCUUGCGAUUACUUUCCCCUAAAUCUUCACGUAGAGGACAUACACGCCUUUGAUCCCAACCGUGCUUAUGUGUUUGGUUAUGAACCGCAUUCAGUUUUGCCCAUUGGUGUGGUUGCACUUGCUGACCUUACCGGCUUCAUGCCUCUCCCAAAAAUAAAGGUCCUCGCAAGCAGUGCUGUGUUCUACACACCGUUCUUGAGACAUAUCUGGACAUGGUUGGGUCUAACUCCAGCGACAAGGAAAAACUUUAUAUCACUCUUAGCUGCUGGUUAUAGUUGCAUCUUAGUCCCUGGUGGAGUGCAAGAGACAUUUCACAUGGAACAUGGUUCUGAGAUCGCCUUCUUGAAGUCUAGAAGAGGAUUUGUUCGCAUAGCAAUGGAGAUGGGGCUACCCCUGGUUCCGGUUUUCUGUUUUGGCCAGUCAAAUGUCUACAAGUGGUGGAAGCCUGGUGGGAAGUUAUUUCUGAAGUUUUCUAGAGCUAUCAAGUUCACCCCUAUUUUCUUCUGGGGAAUUUUCGGAUCUCCUUUACCCUUCAGACAGCCAAUGCAUGUGGUUGUGGGCAAACCAAUUGAACUGAAGAAAACUCCACAACCGACCAUGGAAGAAGUCUCUGAAGUGCAUGCCCAGUUCGUUGAACAACUCCAACAGCUCUUUGAAAGGCACAAAAGUCGGGUUGGGCAUCCAGACCUCGAGUUGAAAGUCCUUUGAUUCCAUCAUAAUUUAUUGUUGCUCUGCUAAACUUUUCAUUUGUUCUAAAGUCAGUUUCACGGGAAAGUUUGUGUCUGUGUUUUGUUGGUUAAAGUUAACAACACAUGGCAAGAAUCAAGAUGCUGUUUUCGUGAACAUGGAAAUACAAAGAAAGGAAUAAAAAAGCUCACAAGCCAUUGCUGCUGGCUUUAUUUGAAUCUGAUUGUGGAAAAUGCCCCACUUACAUAUUUAUUAGUUUCAUCUGUUCAAGUCGUUUAAGAAGUUGUAUAAAACUCAACCGAUGAAUUGAAAGAAAAAAAAAAUGAAGUAUACACUUUCUCAA